GAACGCAGAAGAAAUAUACAAGAACACACGGAGAUUCUGAAACUCUACACAGACCAAAAACCAGCUAAAGAUUAAAUCACUCAAAGUCCAAUGCAACCUGCCAAUCAUCCAGAACAGGCAAUAGCACUGAUAAAAACCAAAGGAAAACACACCCUAGUGAAUGAUACACCCAUAUGUACUGUAUAGAGCUGGUUGUACAACCAAGAUCACGUGACGUACAGUGCAUUUCAUAAAUACGAGAGCUUCAACCCUAAAGAACAUCUAACAUGAGCUGGCUGGAUGACUGAACCUUUACCUUUUAAUAAAAGGUUUUUGGUGUAAAUCAUGGUUUUGUCAUGGGUGACGGCUGUGCUCACGGGGAUCAUCUCGGUGAACAUCGCACAGCGCCUGUAUUUUCCGUACUUCUGGAAAGAUUUCUUCUACUUGUUGAAAGUGCUCCGAUUUGGAGCUCGACUGGAGUUCUACAAGAAGACAAAAAUCGUGACCGUGAUGGACCGUUUCGUUCAGCAGGCGCAGCUUAUUCCUGACAAGCCCUUCUUGAUCUAUGAAGGCUGUGUGUACACUUAUAAGGAAAUAGACGAGCGGAGUAACCGAGUGGCGCACGCGCUGCAGCGCAACAGCACCGUGAACAGGGGCGACACUGUGGCGCUGCUCAUGAGCAACGAGCCUGAUUUCCUUUGCGUCUGGUUCGGUCUGAGCAAACUAGGAUGUGCAGUAGCCUUUCUCAACACUAACAUCAAAUCCAGGUCUCUGUUGCACUGUUUCAACUCAUGCGGGGCAAAACUGUUGGUGGUUGGGGCGGACCUGUUAGACACCUUGAAGGAUGUCCUGCCUAACCUGCAGGAGGACAAUAUCUCUGUGUGGGCAAUGAAGCAGGAUGUCUCCCAUCCAGGGGUCCAUUGCCUUUUGGACAAGCUAGACCAGGCCUCAUGUGAUCCAUUGCCUGCUGAGCUCAGAGCAACCACGUGUAUUAAAGAUGCCACACUUUAUAUCUUCACUUCUGGAACCACAGGCUUACCCAAGGCUGCUGUGAUCAGCCACCUGCAAUCUCUCAAGGCCUCGUCUGGGUUCUGGAUAUACGGCGGCACUGCAGAGGAUGUGAUUUACACCCCACUGCCUCUCUACCACAGCGCGGCUUCUCUCAUAGGUGUCUGCGGCACUAUAGAGCUAGGUGCAACCUGCAUUUUAAAGAAGAAAUUUUCUGCCUCACAGUUUUGGAACGACUGCCGAAAGUACAAUGUUAGCAUCUUCCAGUAUAUUGGGGAGCUGUGCCGCUACCUGUGCAAUCAACCCAAGGCUGAGAAUGAGAAGAAUCAUAAAGUGCGCAUGGGUGUGGGAAAUGGCCUUCGCCAGGAUGUAUGGAAAGAAUUCCACAGUCGUUUUGGGGAGAUCCGUAUGUGCGAGCUGUACGGCUCCACCGAGGGGAACCUCUGCUUCAUGAACCAUAUCGGCAAGAUUGGUGCAGUCGGACGAUCCAACUUCUUCUACAAGCUCCUCUUUAAGUAUGACCUGGUGAAAUACGACAUGGCCAAAGAUGAGCCUGUGAGAGAUGAACACGGUUUCUGUCAGCGGGUUACUAAAGGCGAGAUGGGUUUGCUGUUGUCCAAAAUCAAUUCCCGGAGUCCAUUCUUUGGCUAUGCUGGGAGCAAACAGCUAACUGAGAAAAAACUCAUGAGGGAUGUAUUUAAGAAAGGAGACGUCUAUUUUAAUACGGGUGACCUGAUGGCCGAGGACUGGGAGAAUUUCAUCAGCUUUAAGGACCGUGUGGGCGACACUUUCAGGUGGAAGGGUGAAAAUGUGGCAACCACUGAGGUGGCAGAGGUUCUUGGACUGCUGGACUUUAUUCAGGAAGUCAAUGUCUAUGGUGUGGAGGUUCCAGGACAUGAGGGACGAGCCGGCAUGGCUUCACUGAUCAUUAGGCCUGACUGUGUUUUUGAUGAAAAGGAGAUGUUUGAGAACAUCAUGGCUCACCUACCAGCGUACGCUCGCCCCCUCUUUAUCCGAAUACAGGAGUCUAUGGAGGUGACCGGCACAUUCAAGCAGCUGAAGUUCUGUCUGGUGAAGAACGGUUUCAACCCUGCCACCAUCUCUGACCCGCUCUACUUCUUAGACUAUACAGAGAAAUGCUAUAUUCCCCUCACAGAUUCCAUCUAUAACAGCAUAGUAUCAGGUCAGCGAAAACUCUAGGCCAUAAUUGAGCUCCGUUAUACUGACAAACCAAAAGGACAUGCUGUUCUAAACGGAAGAUUUUAAAUACGCCCAUCUCUUUUGUAGUAUUGUAUAUUUGAUUGGGCCUGAGAGCAAUCCUGAAUGACUUCAUGUUGAAUAAUGGAUCAUUUAUUCCUUUGUAAACAUUUCACAGAGACAGUAUUGGUUAAUAAUGAAUUAGAGUUAUAAUGACUUGGGUGGCCUUUUGCGGAGAGCGAGGAGACUGAUUGCUGCGAUGGAGCUGAAUGAGAGGAAUGAUUCUCACCAGUGCACACCUGGUAUCGGGUUCUGGUGCCUCCGGUGUCUGUCUGGCACAGCUUAAAAUGCCAGGUGACUCUUAGCCUUAAUAAUGUCCCUACUUCAUCUCCUCAGCUCUCUCUGCUCUCCUGCGUUCCUCUGCAUCUUUGGAGAUCAAUACAGGAAAGGCACAUGGCUGCUAUCAUCAUCAUAAAAUUAGAUUUCACUUUAGAUGUAAAACAUUGCUACUGUAUAUUAAAGCUGUGUUCUGUAAUUACAUACCUCUUCAGAUAUUGAUAUGGACAAAUGUUUGUCAUUGGAAGCUCUGCCUUUUGCAUGCGUCUUUAUCACGAGGUCAUGAGUAGAUUAUUUUUUUCAGUUUCAUCAUUUUUAAUAAUGUAAUAUUGGUCAUCUAGAGCUAUUUUUGUGAAAAUCUUAAGGCAGCUUGUCUUAAAUGCUUAAUAAUAAUUCAAGUUGUUUUACAAAUUUACAAGUUUGGUUUACAUUUUGGCUAUACAAAUAAAAAAAUUUUGUGUUUGUUUUAUUUUUUACGAACUAUUGCAAAAAAAGCCUCUAGGCUAGUGGCUUUGGUAGCAUGGGUAAUUGAAGGAAUUUAGUAAAUAAGGAAAUAAAAGCCAUAGACAUAUAGAUACACAAAGGUAUUGACAGCACUGGAACAUGUUCCAGUGGUUAUUUUGCGCACUAAUGGUCUGAACAGUGUCUAUGUUGUUUUUUUGCCUUCGCUCUGUGCCAUUUGAAAUUAAACUUUACAGAGUGAGUAUUGAAGUUAAAUUGAACAGUGCUUUCUCUAAGCUACCUUUACUCAGCUUAGAGAGCUGCUCCAAAAGCCAAAGCAGAAGUAAAUAAGGUAUUUUGGCAUGCGCGGCUUCUGCAAAUGAAUAAACAGACACAGUUGCUUAUAAGACGCAGUCCAAUCUUUAAAUUCUUUCCAUGGUCUAUAGUGCCCACAUACUUUUUCACAUUUUGUAGUGUUGUAACCUGGAACUGCAUGUAACUUAAUUGGGAUUUUAUAGAAACAAGUCUGGUUCAAGUUUGGAAAGGUGUAAGGUGAGUUAGGGUUGUCUUAUUAAAAAAAUCCCAAACUUUCAAUAUCCCCAACAAUUCAAUUUAUCAUCAAAAAUAGACUGUCACAAAUGUGACUUGGUCUAGAUGAGAUAAUCCACUAAAGUCAUUAAGGAAGGCAAUGUUAUGUCAGUAUUAAAUAUUAUGGGCUAAAUUCUGUGUAGAUUUAUAACAUCCCAAUUAUGUCUGUUUCAGUUUUAUGCUGUCGUGCUACAAAAUGCUGAAAGGUUCAAGGAAGUGAAUACUGUACUUAUGCAAUGCCCUGUAUAAUGCAUGUACAUAUUAAACUUCCUGGCUAAAGUUAGUCAAUUACAGAAAUUUCUAAUUGUGUAAAAUAAGCCAGAUGUAGGAUGUUGGUAAUAAAAAAGUUGUUACCAAAUUCAAAUUCAAAUUUAUUUGUAUAGCGCUUUUAACAAUUGACUCAAAUGUCUCAAAGCAGCUUUACGGGACAUAAAACAAAAGGUUAAUAUAAAUAACAAUAUAAAGAUCAAUAUUAGAUAUAUUUAAAUGCGUUUGUAUUUAUCCCCAAUUAGCAAGUCUGAGGUGACUUACCACACUUGGUGUGGCAAUAAGAUGCCACCUUUCUUGGAAAUACUUUCUUCGCAUAUCCCAGCUUUUGGAGGUUGAGGUCAGAGUGCAGGGUCAGCCAUGAUACAGUACCCCUCGUGCAAAUAGUGUUAAGGGCCUUGCUAAAGGGCCCAACAGUGGCAGCUUGACAGUGCUGGGGCUUUAAACCCGAACCCAGAGCCAUAAUUUGUCACAAUCAACAGGUCUGUCAAAGGUGGGAUGUAAACAUGUGCUAUUAUUUGGAGCAGCAUGUGGAAGGAAACGGUAUCAGAGAGGUUGGCAAAUUAAAAAAUGCAAGUGAUCUUCCACAAGACGAAUCUUUACUAUUGGUAAUGGAGCUAUGAAUAAAGUCAGCAUAACUACAUGUAACUGAUACUGAAUUUUUAAGUAAUGAAAGUAAUAUUAUAUACAGUAUACUCUUUAUGUCGGAAGUGUGCCUUACAUGUAUCAAUACAGAGAGAAUGUUUAUUGUGUGUCAGAUAAGCGUGCCUACACCAAGACCUUCUCUUUCUAAUUGCCUUUUUAUUCUUUCCUUAAUUCAGAAUUUACUGUGAAUUAUACAUUUGUUCAAGUCGUGCUGGAAUAAUACAUUUAAAAACAUUUUGAAAAGGCUUAAUUUUUGGCACCACUGAAAGUUGGUGUCUUGCAGUAAUGAAAGCAUUGUGGAUUAGAGGUUUUGUUUUGUAGCCUUUACUGAACAUCGCUAUUAAAUCUGCACUUGACUGUUA